CUGCCCGGGCAGCUCUUCCCGCGAGACUCUAUGGUUGCGCCGGUGUCUGCAGCGGCUAAGGACUACCUGGACUUCUAAGUUUGCGCCAUAUCUGAGAGGUGUGGGGCCUGGGCCCGCGCCAUGUCCGAGAAAAAGCAGCCGGUAGACUUGGGUCUCCUGGAAGAGGACGACGAGUUCGAGGAGUUUCCUGCCGAAGACUGGGCUGGCUUAGAUGAAGAUGAGGAUGCACACGUCUGGGAGGAUAACUGGGAUGAUGACAACGUAGAGGAUGACUUCUCUAAUCAGUUACGCGCUGAACUAGAGAAGCAUGGUUAUAAGAUGGAGACUUCAUAGCACCUGAAGUAUGGAAGGAUCUUAACUUGAACUGCAUACUAAAUUCUAGGGCAGAGAAAUCAGGAUGGGAUAUUUAAAAAAAAUGUUUAUUUCAUUAUCUGCUUGAAUUUAUUUUUGUUUUUAUAACAAAAAAUAAAUGUUUUGAUCUAA